AUGUGCCACACUGCGCACAAGGCCCUGACGCGUGUAAUCGAUGGAGGAGCUAGGAACACUGCAACACGCCGGAGACUACAGGCCAUCGUGGAGCAGGACCCCGUCUUCACAAAUGCCGACAACAUGUUCAUGUCCAGGCCCGAGAGGUACCGACACGGCCUGAGGAAGGCCCGCCGCUUUACCGCCCUCAAGGAAGAGCUGAAACUCAGCCCAGAGGAUGCGGAACUGGUAUCGGACAGCCUGAACGACGCCAUGCCGACGUAUAUCCACGCGCUCAUGUUCAGGCCAAACGUCGAGGCGCUCUGCACCGAGCAGCAAAGGCAGUUCUGGCUGCCGAGAUGCGACAGCAUGGAGGUGAUCGGGUGCUACGCUCAGACAGAGCUGGGACACGGGUCAAACAUCCGUGCUCUGGAGACGACGGCCACUUUCGUGCGGGAGACGGACGAGUUUGAGAUACAUUCCCCGUCCAUCACCGCUACCAAGUGGUGGCCUGGGACCAUGGGUCGCACGGCGAACCAUGCCAUGGUGAUCGCACAGCUGGUGAUCGACGGCAAGCAGUACGGCAUCCACAACUUCAUCGUGCCCAUCCGGGGCGACGACCACCUCCCGCUGCCUGGUGUCAGAGUUGGAGACAUCGGCCCGAAGAUUGGUUUUAACACCAUGGACAACGGCUUCUGCUCCUUCGACCGGGUGAGGAUCCCCCGCGGCAACAUGGCCAUGAGGCAUCAGCGGGUGGACAGGGACGGCGUGUACGCUUCCUUUGGCUCGAAGGAGAGCGGCAAGAUCGCCUACAUCUCCAUGAUGCAGGUAAGGGUGGUGAUCGCCAAGGACGCGGGCAGGAGCCUCGCCAAGGCAGCGACCAUCGCAACUCGCUACUCUAUCGUCCGAAGGCAGGGGUUCCGCGAGGGAAGCAAGGAGCACCAGGUCCUUGACUACACCAUCCAGAUGCACCGCCUCUUGCCCCUGAUAGCUUCGGCGUACGGGUUCCAUUUCGCCGGCGUGGAUCUAAAUCUACGCCUCCGAAGACUGGAGAGAGAGCACGUCCACGGCCUUCCCCCGCUGGCAGGGGGAAAGGGGGCGGGCGACACGCUCAAGCAGUUCCACGCCACCAGCUCCUGCCUGAAGGGCUUGUGCUCCGGGCUCACCGCCGCCGGCAUCGAGGACUGCCGCAAGGCCUGUGGGGGGCACGGGUACCUGCAGAGCUCCGGCCUGCCCGAGCUCCUGGGCAACUACCUGCAGUCGUGCACCGUGGAGGGGGAGAACCACAUGCUGACGCAGCAGGUGGUGCGCGUUUUGCUCCAAGAGCUAGCCGCCGCCCGACAAUCCGGAGCCGUCGGUAACGACUGCGCCUACAUGUCGCGCCUUGUUCGCGGAGAAGGGAAAGGGCGUCGGCGUUGCCCGGUGAGGUCCCCCAAAGGCUUCCGCGAUUCCGUGGUACUGGAAGCGGCGCUAGAGCACCGCGCGUUCCGGCUGCUGGUGCGGGUGGAGGCCCGCCUUCGCAGUGAAAGGGAAGCGGGGAGUUCGCCCGCCGAGGCUUGGAACCUCGCACUCAUCGAGGUGCGAGAGGAUGGGGAGGGAAGGGGGGGGGGGGGGGGGGGAAGGGGGAACCCGGGGGGGGGGGGGGGGGGGG